AUGCGAGUCUCUUUCCACGCCGUGCGGAGGUCGAUCAACCACAUCCACUUUCUUGCGAUUGAGCGCAUGUUUCGUGCCCCGGUUUCGUACUUUGACGAGAAUGCCGGGAGCACCAUCACGGGGAUAUUCUCCCGCGACCAGGAAACCGCCGACCACAGCGUCGGCGCGUCCCUCGACGCCAUCGUCACCGGCGUGCUGCGGAUGUUGGCCAUCGCGGUCUUCAAUGCUGUGGUGAACCCGUGGUUUCUGUCGAUUAUUCCACUGAUGGUCAUGCUCUUCUACCACGUGGUGGAGCUAUACCUGACCGUCGCUGGACAGCUGCGUCGCCUGGAGAAUCGGUCGGUUCGCGGGCCCGUUGCCAUUUUGCGUGAGGCGCUUGAGGGCGCCCCCGUCAUACGCUGCAUGGGGCUGAAGGACCUCUUUCGCGAGGAGUACUCCAGGGCGAUGGAUGUGGCAAACACGGCGAGCAUGAUUGGCCACAUGGCCGACUGCUGGGUGGGGCUGCGACUCGAGCUCAUCACGGUGCUAAUGACGACAACGGCCGCGCUUCUUGGCGUGCUCUUCGCCUCCUAUCUCAUGCCUCCGGCGUUCGCCGCUGUGGCUGUGGUGUCCUGCCUGCAGACCUCCACGACGCUGUUGCUGCUGUGCCGCAGUGCCAGCGACUUCCAGUUACAGUUUGUCAGCGUGGAGCAGCUGCUGGAAUUGCAGGAGGCCCCCGAGGAGCCGCUUACAAUGUUGCCCGCGACCCCCGUGCCGGUCGACAGCGGUGCGGCGGAGCAGAAUGCCGGCCUCACCCCACCGGGGGUCCUCUGUGUGCCCCAGCCCCCUUUCAUCGAGCAGCAGGCAAAGAUGGUGGCGGCGCAGGCGGGCGGCGCGGAGGUGAUGCCGAGGCCGGUUAUAGAGUUGAUAAACGUGUCAGCGAAGUACCGCGUCUCCCUCCCACACGCACUACGCAACGUGAGCCUGACGAUCUAUGAGCGGGAGCGGGUGGGCAUUGUUGGUCGGUCAGGCAACGGCAAGUCUACGCUCUUUAAUGUGCUGUUGCGACUUGUUGACGUCAUUGAGGGGGGUGGCGUGUACGUGCGUGGCGUGAAUGCGGGUCUGAUGCCGUACCCCGCGCUUCGGCAGUGCUUCAUGCUGGUCCUACAGGAUCCGCUUGUCGUGAAGGGGACCUGGCGCACAAACCUCCAGAUAGGAAUUGCGGGGGCGGCCUCGGAUGGGCAACUUUGGUCCGCACUCCACACUGUGGGCCUUGACGGCAGCGUCGCCCAGCACGGUGGCCUGGACGCGGCGCUGCAGCACGAGGGAGCCGGCGGCUCCCGGCUCUCCCCAGGGCAGCGGCAACUUCUCUGUCUGGCGCGUGCCGUGCUGCGCAAGCCGCAGUUUCUCCUUUUUGACGAGUUGCCCGGCUCCGGCAUCGCGGAAACGGAGAGCGCGGUGCAGCGGGUGCUGGCGGAUGAGCUGCGGGACUGCACCGUCCUGCUUAUCGCCCACCAUGUGCGAACCCUCGAGGCCCUCUGCACACGCGUGGUCGUGAUGGAUCAAGGCAUCGUGUCGCAGGUGUUUCCCAUGACGAGUCGUGCGAUAACCCAAGCCGCGGUAAAGCGGAGACUCGAAUUGUUAGUGGAGUGA